AUGACUAAGAAAAAAAAAUCCCCGACUAAUAAUUUCAAUAGUGCUGGUGCUAAUAAAUUAAUAUCUGAUAACUUCAAUACACCACAAAAGAUCAAUGUUAGAGAACCAAAUACCGACCAUUUAUUACAUAAAUUAUUAGAAACCUUAUUUUUCACAAAUGUAGGCUUAGAUAUUGUGGAUCGUUUAAAUAAAUAUACAAAGUGUCAGCAAAAACCUUCUGUUAUCAACACUACGUUUCUCCAUUGGACCAAUACCAAUUCCUUCACCUAUAGAAGAUUGGUUGUAUUAACAAACUAUCAUAAUGAAUUGAACUCAUUCAUACAAAACUUUUGGGUAACUCAUCAUAAAUCAAUUUUAUGUUGUAUUUUCCAAUUUUUUUUUAAUACCAUUUCUCCACUUUCUGUCCCAAGUUUAAACAGUUAUAUAAAUACCUAUCAGAAUCAAUUAAUAGAGAUAAUCUUUGAUAAUAUGGAUGAAAACAUAGAUAGUUCUUAUGCAAAAGAUUUGCAAUGUCUAAAAGAUCACUUGACAACUAUUUAUCUUAACAAAGUUGAGAAAAAAGAGCCAAAGGAAGAUCAUGACCAGCUGUAUAACCCUAUAAUGGAUUUUUUCAUAACCAUCUACGAUCCGAUUCUCAAGAAAAAAAUAUUUAAUAACGAUACAAACGCAAUUAAAUCAAAACUAAAAGAAUGUCUAGAGUCUUUUUUGCGUUCGGGUAUAUUUAACCCCUACGAGACAAGUGUAACACACCAAGAAAGCAAACUUAUUUUAAAAACAUAUGCUACUUUUUUGAAUAAUGUAUAUGAUGGUGAUGAGAAUGACGGUAUAAAACUAGAUAUUAUUAAUAUUUUGAAAAAUAGAUUUACAGACUUCAAAGGGAAAUUUUUAAAAUAUCCAGACUUUAAUAAUAAAAAUGGUAACAACGAAGAGGGAGAAGGAGAAGAAGAUGAUGAUGAUAAUGGUGAUGAUGAUUAUGAUUAUGAACUUGAAAAAGAUAUAUCAUAUGAUCCUAAUAAUGCUUUAUCUAUUAACACUGAUGAUGUUGAUGAAACUUUUGAGAGUCUCGGUGAUGAAAAACAACAUCCUAACGAUGAAUAUGAUGACGAAUAUAUCUACCAAUUUGACAUUACAAAUGACGGAGAGUUGAAACCUAUGGUAUCACCUUGUAAAAGACAUAACAUAAUAGCAGCUUUGUUAACUUCAGGAUUGGUUAAUAUUCCAUACAUGAGAAAAUAUAUUAUUAAUAUAAGCGCUUUAGUAGAUCCUGUAACACAGCCACCUCCUAAUGAUAAGCAUGUUAUAUCCAUUGAUUUGUUAAGUAAUAUGUUUGUAGCCUCGAUAUAUCCCGAAGGAUCCGUUAACAAGCCUAUAAAUUUUGAUAUUUGGAGAUUUGAGGUCUGUUUUACCCUAAGUUUGAUUAUUAAACAACUUUUAAAGUUAUUGAAAUUGAGUGAAAUAAAUGAAGACAUAGAUAAUACUGAUAAACACUGGAAAUCACAUUUGAAUGAGUGGUGUCCCACAUAUUUUAAUACGCAAGACUUAGAAUUACUUUAUAUGAUUGGUAUCUUAUCCACAUAUACUAUUUAUCAAUUAUACAAUGUAGCUGAAGAACCUGAGAACAAUGAUGGUGGUUAUCCACCUAUUCAAUUGAACCCCUUUUCUUUACAAUUUUUAGAAGUUUGGUAUAGAUUAACCGUUUGUAUAAUGCUAGGUUUGGAACUAGACAGAUAUGAAGAGGAAGUUGAAACAUAUAACACACCAUUGGUCGUCAAAGCUUGUAUUAGAGGUACAAGUGCCUGGAGGUCCUGUUUGGCGUCUGUUUUAAACGGAUUUUUACCCACGCAGCAUGUACACGAUUUUAAACAUGAACCGUUUAACUUUUUUAUGUCACCGCAUGGUAGAAAAUUGAGUAUGGGUGCCUUGUAUUGUGAUUUAAAAACAUUUGGCAGUUGCACAACAUUGUUGGGGAACCAAGAGGAUUCUGAGUUUUUAGGAGAAUUACUGUUUAGAAUUACCUUGGACGAUAGAUUUGAUGAGGAUGUUAAAUAUAUGUUUGAUUCAGAAUUUGAUGAUUAUAACGAAGACACAGAGGACUCAGUGGAGGGAGAUGAAUUUGAGUUUAUUGGAUAUUAUAAAAGAUGUGAUUGCAUCUUUGAUGAUGAAGGGUUUUCUUUGAACAAUCCAGAUGAGGAUGAGGAUGACAUUGAUAAUGAUGAUGAACUAGAUAUUGAGAAUAUAAAACUGACCGCAAAUAUACGUUCCAGCAAUAAUAAUUUUAAAAAUGAUAGAACAGAAAUCGAUUUUAAUGGGACAGAUUGGAGGGAUAUAGUUAGAGGAAGUAACUUCUAUUAUACGCCGGAUUAUCAAUUUUCAAGAGAUUUGAAAGUUAAAGAUAAAAUGCAAAAACUAUUAGUUAAGGCUAGUAGUGAAUCCUUAGUUGCCAAAGAAGAUAUAACCUUCAUAUUGAAAACAUUGGCCACUGCUAUUAAAAGAGAACAAGAAGAACAUGUAUUACGCACUAGUCUAUGUCUGGAUGGAGUAAUAGACCACACCAAAACUGAAGAGGAGUUUUUGUCAAAAUAUGUUUUUGAUUUCUGGAAUGACAACCCAGAUAAUUUUAGCAAAAUGUUGGCACACAAUGAUAAAUUAACUUAUAGAAUGCUAGAUGAAAUGUUUAUGUGUGCUGGUUACAGAAGAACUUUGAUUUGGUUCUUAACCCAUUUUGAACUGAAUUUUAUAAUAUUGAAAUACAUUUAUCAACUAUCUAUUGGCAUGAGAGGACUGCCAUUGUUACCCCAGCAACAAAGAGAGAGAAAACAACAAGAAAGUGAAACAAAAUCCAAAAAUAAGGAUGAGAUUUUUAGCACUGCUGUGAUUGCUAAAAAUAAUGCAUGUGACAAUGAGCAGGAUGCGAAAAAUAAUCUUGAUAGUGAUAAAGCAGAAAAUGUUAGAAGAAUUGUUAAUGACAAUGAUACUGCUACUCCUGAUAACACAGAAGUAGAUAAAGAGUUUACUAAAAUGGAAGCGGCCUUGCUACCAAACUUAGAUAUCAGCAAUGAUGAUGUGGAAGAAUUAUAUCCAUUUUCAAGACAAGGUUCUGUAAACUUAAGUGAGCUAGAAUUGAAAAUGUUAAUUUGUGAAUUAAUCACAUCGGGAACAAAGUUUUUCAACUUAGCAUUAUCUUCGUGGGUUGAUGAGUAUGAAAUCGGGGAGAUAAAUGAUGAAGACGAUGCUGCUAAAGAAUUCCAUAGUAUGGCAUCCACUUUUAUGAAUCUUAUGAAGGUGAUUUGUGUUAUGUUAUGGGGUUGGCUAAAUAAAGAUUUAAUCGAUUUUCACGACACUAAGAGCACUGCAUGUUUUUGGGAGUUUAACACUGUUUUGAUACAAUUUUUCGGAGUUUGUCCUCAAGCACAUACUAUUUUUUUUAAAUUAAAACUGAAAUUGCUAACCUCGCAAAUGGAAGUGGCUGUUGAUUAUUCCAAUGAAAAAAUCGUAGAUAAUAUAAUGAAAACCGGGUGGUAUUAUGAUCAAGAAUUAGUGGAAGAUGAUGAUGAUGAUGAUGAUGAUGAUAACAACAACAACAACAACAACAACAACAAGAGGAAAAAUAUGAGAAAAGACGGAAAAAAAAGUUCUGAUACUUUUGAAAAGGAACAUAUAGUAAAUUUAUCUAAAUAUGAUGCUUUAUUAAUGAACUUGGUUCCUGAGGGAACUUCUAAAAAACUAUGGGAGCAUUAUGUAAAGAAGCAUUCCGUUAGUAAGCACCCGAAUAUCCAUGGAAGAAAAAUUGUUUUCAGGGGAACGAAAAUUAAACCGUUGAAAACAGUCACUGAUAGACCCAUCAAAGAUUUUAUUUGA